GGGGAGAUGAUGAGAGGGGUGCCGCCUGCAUACCUGCCACACGUGUAUCCCACACAGUAUUAUGGCAUCUAUGGAAGCGAAAAGAUAAUAACACCAUUGGCACUUGACAUGAAGCUGGAGAAGGGUGAAGCUGAAAAACCAGAGCCUAGAUCUGGCACUGGCACUCCGGGGCCAGCUGAGUUCCCUGCAAGAUCAAGUGGUGCUUCUACAACCCUGGCUCCCCGUGGGCAGUCUUCACCUCACGUGCUGGCCUCUCCGCACCAUGACCGCUCAACUGACUCUCCACAGGUGGCCAUGGUGUACACACGAUUGUAUGACCGCUAUUACUAUCCUGGACGCUCUGGCACACCGGGGGCUCCUGGGACUGCAGAGCAUGAAGCCAGAAGCCGCAUCUCGUCACCUUCUGGGGCACCCCACGUCUACCCAACCAUCCCCCCAACCGAGGUUCACCACCAGUCAAUGGUACAAAUUCCUCAGCAACAAUUUACGUCACAAAUCCCCCCUCAACUACAAAUGUUGUUACAGGGAUCAGAUGUGACGUGGGCUGGUCUGCUCGGCUUAAAACAAGAUCAUGCAGCUGUUCAGAUGUUGUACGUUUCUGGUAGUAGUGAUGUUGCACGUGGAGCAUUAAGAGUAUAUCCCGAUGGAAGCACCUCCCCAAUUCGUAUUGGGCAAAGAAUGAGACUUGAACAGACUCAACUUGAAGGUGUGGCUAGAAAAAUUCAGAUGGAAGCAGAACAUUGUAUGCUGUUGGCACUACCGCAUGGUCGUGACUCGUAUGAUUUCAUGCAGCAGCAAAACAGUCUUCGUAAUGGCAUAAUCAAUUACCUUGUGGUGAAACAGGCUGCUGGGAUUGUUAAUGUUUCAGCACCAGGAACACAACAACCUGCAUAUGUGGUCCACAUAUUCCCACCCUGUGAUUUUGCCAAUGAAAACCUAGCCAGAAUCUCGCCCGAUCUCCUUCAUCGUGUGGCUGAGAUAUCUUACCUCCUGGUUGUCAUAGCUACAUGCUGAGUUUAUGAUGACCCAAAUUGGAUUAAAAAGACACUCGAUAUAUGGAAACCCACCUCCCGGCCUUGUCAUAAACAAUUAAUGAUGAUAUUGAUCGACUCGUCAGCACCAUUUGGUUUGCAGAGUUAUUUGAAAGUUUUGAUAUGGAAGUAUAUAUUAUGUACCUGCAUCAUUACAAGCAACUACAUCAAAGAUCAGCAAAUAAGCAGCAUUACCAAUAUUUGGGAAUGUUUAUUAUCUUUGUGCGAAUUUAAAUUGAUAACCUAUUUUUAUGACAAACUGAAGCAAAGAGGAAUGUUAAAAAGCUCAAAUUACUAUGCUUGAUCUUUAGAUCAAACAGUAAACAUAUGUAGUCCUUGUCCCCCCAAAAUAUUAAGUGAAAUGAUCCUCUGAGAAUGGAUUGAAAUGUUACAAAAAUAGCCGUGCCACUUCCAUUCCUCUUGCUCUAUGUAGUUGCUAAACUAUGAAAUCUUUAAAAAAAAAAAAAAAAACCAGUGUAAAAGCCUGAAAUGUGACUUGUGAAACUUGAGAAUUAUGAUCCAAUAUCUUGCCAAUAUAAAUAUAUAUGGGAGACUGUGAAAUACACUAAUGUAUACUAAAAUUAAACUGAUGCUGUAAAAUAAACUUAUCAGCAUCAUGAUAUGUGAUAAGAAUUAUUUAUUAUGUGCAUAUAGGAUAGAAGUCAAAAUGUCAAUAUGGCAGAUUUAGUGCAGUGAAGGUGGAUGGCAAUUUGUACAAAGCAUUAACAUGAACUUGUUAUGAAAGUGAAGUGAAGGAUUGUGUUGUGAAGUGAUGAUAUAUAUUCCAGAUGUUUAUAAAGACAACUUUGUCCUGACAGGAUCUUUACAUAGCAGCGCAUUCAGGCUGAUGCCUUAUUCAAGGUGUGAUCUAUUAAAGCAUUACUGACAAAAUUCAGAAAAGCAUUUACGAGACAUUUAAUGGAACUAGGUGUCAUGUUAGAAGAAUGUGGAAGUGAUAAGUUUGUGUCACUGUUGUGUUUUGGAUGUUUAAUGUGUGCAGCUUGCAACAUCCAGAUGUUCCUGUAACCACAAUGUAUGUAAUAUAUGAGCUGCUCACCACUUAUCACAAAGCAGUGGUGGUGCCAAGUAUGGUGCUGUGGCCUUGUCUGUCGUGCUGCACUACUGCUCCGGACAACAUGCACCCAAGGACAUACCAAAUAAACUAUAUCAUGACUAACUUCACAAGAGUGAUGUAUGAGUGUUGUGUAAAUUGUGCAAGACACAAAGUUUGUGUGGCCUAACCAGCCCUGGGCCCAAUGGUGCCCGUAUGCCGCCUAUGGUGUUUAGACAAGCUGUAUAGUUGUACAUACUCAGUCAUUGUAAAGGAAUUCUUUUUUACUGUUCAUUUUGGUGGAAUUGUACUUAAAGAAGCUGCCACAACCACCAUCAUGAUAGGGAACUUACACACAGUUUGAUCCACAAACACUGAUGAAGCUGUGUGUGUACACCCAAAUGUUGAUUAUGUGUGCACAGUGCACUCAGGGUGGCUGUGUGCAGCCCAUUGUUAUUGUGUGUACAGAUCUUCGCAUGAAGUCACCCUGAUUUAUUUAUUACCAGUCAUCAUGUUCAUCAUGUAUCAUCUCUCUUGCAUACUCCCCCUCAUAAGCGAUGCUCUGCCUCCUUGUUAUUUACAAACAGAUGCACACACACACACACACAUCUCUAUCACCACUUAUUUGUGUCUCAAAUAUAAAGAAGCACCUUAAUAUACACUGUGUUUAACCUGCCCUACUCUAUACCUAGUCUCCCCAACUUGCUUCUCCUCCUCUACUUUAUGCCUAUUGUCUUCCUUGCUCUUUUUCCCUACUCUAUACGUAGUGUCUCCUUCUCCUGCUGCUUCUCCUCUUUGUGGCUCCUCAGCACAGCCCUCAGGAACCUUCUGCUAUCUUGCUGCAGCACUUACUCUAAAACAUUCUAUAUUUAAUGUGUGUCUGCCUCUCUUAGAUGCUUUUUCUCACUUUGUAAUGUAUGGUCUGCAAUGACUCCGUGUCUUGCAUAUGUUGCAUGUGUAUUUUUCUAAAAAAAAAAAGAAAUACACCAAACCCUUAGAAUAUUCCAUUCCUUUUUAUUUAAAAGCUUGCAAAAUACCAUCAUGCAAAUUAGGCCAUCUCUCUCCUUCCCUUUUCAAAGCAGUUCUUUGUUCUUUGCUUGCCUGUCACACUUCUUUCUUGAUUAAGGUGUCAGACAGAUUCUCAUAAUAUAAGAAGGCGCCUGAUGCGGACUAGCCUGCCGCUGCUACGCCACUCUUCAAUAGGUAUUCAAAGGAAAAAAACCCACAAAACUAUUUGGUCUAGAGUUGAAAAGCUUUCUUGUUUCUGCACUGUUUUCGGUUUCUCGGCAGAAUUCACUCUAUUGUAUGUUUGCUCAAGAAGUUAGCGGAAUUCUAUUUUCACUUUUUAUUAAUAUUAUGUAUAACAUGUGGCAAAUAUAUUUUUGAUGUACAGUUUGAAAAAUGUGAAAAAGUGUUUAAAUGUAAGUGUACUUGUUAAGUGUUGCAUAAGAGAUAUGAGGUGUGUCUGAGGCAUUUGUAAAUAGGUCUAAAUAAACUUUUAGGCUGUGAUCCUCAGUUCUCUAGAAGCUUCUUUGGUCAGAAAAUUUAUUAAAAAGUCCAGUGACCAAUUUAAAUUAUUUCAAAACCCAAUAAAGAUCACAAUGAAAUAUA